UCUGUCAGCAUGAAUACUCUUGCUCUUGUUCUUUUGUUGGUGUGUGCUGUGGCCGCCGUGCCUGGCCUCCGUCAACGCCGUGACUCAUCUUCCUUCUUCUUCGAACUUCCUUCCGACGCUGAACUGGUCCUGGGAGGGAUCCAGACGGGCUUCGACUGUGCUAAUCUGCCCUACGGUUACUACGCCGACGAAGCCAACAACUGCGCCAUCUACCACGUGUGUCUCCCAUACAUCGACAACAACAUCGUGGUGACCCGCCACUUCUCCUUCAUGUGUGGCGAGGGCACCGUCUUUGACCAGGAGCAUCUCGUGUGUGCCACCCCCGAGAACGCCAGCCCCUGCAGCCAGUCCUCCUCCUUCAGGAGGUCUAACGAGUAUUUCGGCCGCACUGACAUUAAGUUCCUCGAAAAGUAAAAGAUCAAACUCUAAUGCAAAUACAAAGCAGCUUUAAACAAUUGGUCUUCUCGCUACUACUUACUUAACGACUCUGUUUUUCUAUAUGUGUUUGCGUGUACAUUAUUCUCAGUAAACCAUGUGACCUGGUAGGACCUCUGACCUUCUGCUAACCAUUAACCUAUGGGAACCACAAGUCUCACCCUAACUCUCAAUAACACCAACAACAUAUAGUAUUAAGGACUGUAUCUGUGUAUGGAAGUAACACGCCUCUACUUCAAUAAACCAUUUUUUUUUCUAUUUCUAGUCAUGAAGAAGUUAAUAAAUAAACCAUUCAUUGUGAGUUGCAAGAAAUAAAAACUAUACCAAUUUA